GCUCCCAUGGCUGGUGGCAGGGUGCUGUGGCCUGGCUGAUGGUGCACCAUGGGCGGGAUCAGCCACCACCAAUAUAAACAGGGCUGACAGCGAGCUGCCCCGGCAAACUGAAAGCUGAACCUUGGAGCGUGGAGGAGACAGCGUGGUCCAGGGUGGGGCAAGUGGCGCCAAGGAGGAGGUGUGGUGUGGGUGUCCUGUGCUGGGGAGCCCAAUGGCAUGUGCUCGACGCUAACACAGCACCCAUAGGGCUCUGGCACAACCAGGAUGUGAACCACAGCGCUGGGGCAGGCUGAUAAGGGCUCCCCAGCAGGCGCUGGGUGAUGGCAGGAGCUCAGGGGGGGCUCCCGGGUCCCUUCCCAGAGCCCCCGGUUGGGCCAUGCCCCGUCUCCGACUCCGACUCGGACUCCGAGGACAUGGCUGUGGGUGGCACAGCACCUGAUGCUGGGGCGCAGAACCCCUCCCAGGUCAUCCACAGUGGCCACUUCAUGGUGUCGUCCCCACACAGCGACUCACUGCCCCGCCGGCGCCACCACCGCACCGAGCCUGAGCUGGCUGAUCCCUGGAGCAUUGACCCGACCCUCACCCGGCUCUUCGAGUGCAUGAGCCUGGAGUACAGUGGGAAGCUGGUGUCUCCAAAGUGGAAGAAUUUCAAGGGGCUGCGUCUGCUUUGCCGGGACAAAAUUCGUCUCAACAACGCUAUCUGGAGAGCGUGGUACAUCCAGUAUGUGGAGCGGAGGAAGAACCCUGUGUGUGGCUUCAUCACCCCGCUGGAGGGGUCAGAGGCUGAUGAGCACCGAAAACCAGAGGCUGUCGUGCUGGAGGGCAACUACUGGAAACGCCGCAUUGAGGUGGUGAUGAGGGAGUACCACAAGUGGAGGAUCUACUACAAGAAGCGGCUCCGAAAGUCCACCCGGGAGGGAGAGCUCUCCAGUCCAAAGCGGGAUGAGGAUGUCUGGAGGCCAACAGAAAAAUGGUGCAACCAGCUCUUCUGCAACGUGGUGCCCAUGCUGCUUGGGGAUGAGGAAGAGGAGCCAGGGGGUAGGCAGCACUUCGACUUGGACACCUUCCUCUCGGAUAUCUCUGACACCCUCUUCACCAUGACACAGACACCCAGCACCCACCAGGCACUUCCCGAGGAUGCAUAUGUUGGGAAUGCUGACAUGAUACAGCCGGACUUGGCACCCCUGCAGCCCAGCCUGGAUGAUAUGGAGAUCUCAGAUAUCUUCACCAGCCACCGGCCACUGCCAUCACAGACGCAACCGGGCUACCAGGAGCCGCCCUGCUUUGUGCCCAUGGCUGAGCCCCUGUUCAGCGGCGGGGGGUCCCUGAUGGGUGCUCGGGGGCUGCCUGUAAGCCCCGAGGCCCCGCUCCUGCCCAGCACCCUCCUCCAGCCCAGUGGUGCCUCCCAGCUUGGCCUCCAAGGUGCCUUCCUGGGCCCCGAGCUCCCCUCGGCCCCCCUGCCUCCUGAGCCCCCCGCCACGGCGCCCGGCAGCCUCAGCCCCCAGCUCCGACACAAGCCCCUGCUGCAGUAUGGCCUCCCUGGCAAGUGCCUUGACCUGGAGCCACCAGGACCCCACUACGCCCCCCCCAUCCCAUCCCCCGGGGCGCCGCUGCUGGGCCCGGACCCCCCAUUCUCCCCCGCCUUAGCCCCCCGCUCCAAGUUCCCCUACACCAGCUCUCCUGGCCCCUCGUUCCUGGCCCACCCCGCCUCCCCACUCUCGGCACCCUGCUUUGCCGCCCAUGCCCCAGGGCUGGGUUAUGCCACAGGCAUGGUGCCCCUGGGGUACCCCGGCCCGUCCGCCCCCCAGGUCCUGCCCCCCACCCUGCUGGGCGACCCCAGGUUUGCCCCACCCAAGGGGCUGCCCCAGGGCGGGGGUGGGCGGCCGAAGGCAAAGCCCAGUGGCACAAAGGCAAAGAGGAUGCCGGGACCCCCCGCGCCGUCCCACCUGGCUGUGCCCAGCCCCUGCCUGAGCCAGCUGCUGACCACAGCCAAGCAGGAGCUGGCCCUGGAUGCCCCAUACCCGAUGGGUGCAGCAUUCAUGCCCACAUCCCCUGUCUCUCUGCAGCAGAGCGCUGCCCCCGAAGUCCCUGCCACCUUCCUCUCCAGAAUGGCCCAAGCGAGCCCAGGACUGGCUGCUGGCUCCAGCCCUUCCCAAGCGGUGCCGGUGCCGGUCCCACAGGCGGGCACCCAGCCGGGCCCACUGCUAGUCCCCAAGGUGGAGCAGCUGUCCCCCACGUCGGCUUGCAGCAGCGACUGGCCCAAGCAUGGCCAGGCUUCCCCAGGAUCCACUGUAGGGCUGGGCACUGGCAUCUCCCUGCAUCACCCUGUGUCCUGUCGGGGCAGGCCUGAGUCCAGCAAGAUGGAGAGCCGCCGCAUCACACACAUCUCUGCCGAGCAGAAGAGACGCUUCAACAUCAAGCUGGGCUUCAACACGCUGCACAGCCUGGUGAGCACGCUGAGCGCCCAGCCCAGCAUCAAGGUCAGCAAGGCCACCACCUUGCAGAAGACAGCUGAGUACAUUUGCAAGCUGCAGCAGGAGCGGGCGGCCCUGCAGGACGAGGCACAGCGGCUGCGGGAGCAGAUCGAGGAGCUGAACAGCUCCAUCAACCUGUGCCAGGAGCAGCUGCCAGCCACGGGGGUGCCCAUCACACGCCAGCGCUUCGAUCAGAUGCGCAGCAUGUUCAACGAGUAUGUCCGCUCCUCCACGCUGCAGAACUGGAAGUUCUGGAUCUUCAGUAUCAUCAUCCGGCCCCUCUUCGAGUCUUUCAACGGCAUGGUCUCCACAGCCAGCAUGGAGAGCCUCACCCAGACAUCUCUUGCAUGGCUGGACCAGCACUGCUCCCUCCCAGUGCUUCGGCCAACCGUCCUGAGCUCCCUCCGCCAGCUGAGCAUUUCGACCUCCAUCCUCAGCGACCCGGCCUGCAUCCCCGAGCAGGCAACGCGGGCAGUGGCGGAGAUGGGCCACGGCGGUGGCUCCUCCUAGCUGCCCCCGGAGGGGCUUUCCCAGCCCUGCCACGACCCUUGCUGCUGCCGGACAAGCGCCCGCCAAUGACAGCGAGGAGGCCCCGGCAGGGCCACCCACGGCCAGGCUGCACGAGCAAGGGGGCAGUGCUGGCUGGUGGCAGCCCCAGGGCCAUGGGGGUCCUGCUUCCACGGGCACCGGCUUGGGGAGUCCCUGCCUGUGCAGAGGCGGGGGUCGCUGCCAUCCCCCGGUCCUGCGCCCCAGGACCUGCCAGACCCUGGAGUGUCUGGCACAGUGCCGGACCCCGUCCGCCCUCGGCCAGGAGGCCUGGGCUGGGGGAGCUGCUGGGCAGUGGGGCCCAGCCCCGCUGCCUGAUAAAGGACUCACUCUGCCUACGGGCCACAGCGUAGUUCUUCCUGCCACGGGUCCCUCUGGGGCAGGGCUGGGGGAGGCAGAAGGCCGCAGGGUGA